AUGAAGAUACACUACAUCGGCAUAAUCAAAAAUGAAGGUAAACCUUGCCACGAACUGGUCGCUGAGAAGGAUUUGAGUGCCUACUCCCGCUUCACGAGGAACAACUACGCUGAAUUCAUGACUCUCUUCAGCAAAACUGUUGCCGAGCGCACACGGCCAGGUCAACGACAAGAUGUUGAGGAACAAGAUUAUACGUUUCAUGCCUAUGGCCGCAGUGAAGGUGUUUGUGGCAUCAUUAUUAGCAAUCACGCGUAUCCUGCCCUUGUCGCGCAUCAGCUUCUCUCUAAGGUGCUAGAUGAGUUUUUGGCCUUACAUCCUCGGUCCGAAUGGGCUGCCAGCGCUCCGACGCUUUCGUUUCCCGCUCUCAAGGAUUAUAUUGUCAAGUAUCAGGAUCCACAACAAGCAGACAGUAUCAUGAAGAUACAAAAAGAGUUAGACGAGACAAAGAUCGUUCUCCACAAGACAAUUGAGAGCGUUUUACAGCGUGGUGAAAAAAUUGAUGAUUUGGUGGCCAAAAGUGAUGGCCUAAGUGCUCAGAGCAAGAUGUUUUACACACAAGCAAAAAAGCAAAAUAGCUGUUGUGUUCUGAUGUGA